AUGAGCAAUACCCAGGAGGUGAAAAUCUCUGUCCUUACUCGCCUCUCUCCUUCGCUCCAGGCGACCGAGUACUACCUGACCCUAGUGCGCGGGGCAGUCGGCGAUGACCUCUUCGUCCGCUUCCUGGGCCUAUACCCGACACCAGCGCUGGUUCUCGUCCUGGACACGACGGACUCCAUGGACAAGGAACUCGCAGCCCUCGUCCACACGGCCAGCCGCCUCGUCCAGCAGCACACCAGCGCCACCUACCCGCCCUCCGAGUACCUCUUCGUGCCCUUCAACGACCCAACUUACGGCCCAGUGACGAGGUCUCAGAGGCCGGACGAAAUAUACCAAGCUCUGACAUCUUUGCGAGCCACUGGGGGAGGAGACGAGGCGGAGCUCAGCAUGUCCGCCCUCAGACUGGCCUUGCACCACCCCCCCGCCUCACGCCCACGUCUUCCUCUUCAGGGGAGGGCUUCUGUCAAGGAUCCCGAAUUUUUUUGA